CUCACAUCUCAACCCUCUCAUUUCAAACUUUAAGCAUUUGCUUGUAAUUAAGCUAGCUAUUUUGCUAUAUAUUUUCAGUUUCAUAACAGUGAUAACUGGUAGCUGCUAUAAAAUGCAGAGCCUUGCAGCGCUAUCUUGCAUCAUAUGUAUCCUAUUUGUUUCCACUCUGACUUUGGCAUCAUCAGCCAAACUCAAAGUAGGCUUCUAUAAAUCAACAUGUCCAUCAGCUGAAACAAUUGUGAGAAAAGCUGUGAACAAAGCUGUGUCCCGCAACCCUGGGAUAGCUGCUGGUCUAAUUAGAAUGCACUUCCAUGACUGUUUUGUUCGGGGUUGUGAAGCUUCCGUGCUGCUGAAAUCCACACCAGCAAACACAGCAGUCGAGAGAGACCAUCCUGCCAACAAUCCAAGCUUACGUGGCUUCGAGGUGAUUGAUGAGGCCAAAGCACAAAUAGAGGCUACAUGUCCACAAACUGUGUCAUGUGCCGACAUUCUUGCUUUCGCAGCUCGCGACAGUUCAUACAAAGUUGGUGGCAUAAACUACGCCGUUCCAGCUGGACGCCGAGAUGGCCGGGUCUCUGUGAGCGAUGAAGCAACGCAAAAUCUCCCUCCUCCUUCUUUCAGUGCGGAGCAAAUAGCUGUAGCGUUUGCCCGAAAAGGGCUGUCGGUUGAUGAGAUGGUGACACUUUCUGGAGCACAUACUCUUGGUGUCUCACAUUGCUCUUCAUUCUCAAACCGUCUCUACUCUUUCAAUGAAACUCAUGCCCAAGAUCCAGCUAUGGAUCCCAGUUUUGCAUCUUUCUUGAGAACCAAGUGUCCGCCACCAAAAAAUGGGGCGAGAGACCCAAUAGUGGCACUCGAAUCUGUAACGCCUAGUGUUUUGGACAAUAAGUACUACAAGGAGUUGACAAAACAUCGUGGGUUAUUGAGUUCGGAUCAGGCAUUGAUGGACAGCCCCUUAACCUCAAAGAUUGUAUUGAAGAAUGCAUGGAAUGGGGCAUCGUGGGGUGCCAAGUAUGCCAAAGCAAUGGUGCACAUGGGUUCCCUUGAUGUGCUUACAGGCACACAGGGUGAGAUCAGGAGAUGUUGCAGUGUUGUCAAUCAAGUCUAUUGAUUAAUUUUCUACUGAGAAUGUUC